UCCACAGUCUCUCACUCCCUCUUUCUCUCUCACUCCCUCUCUCUCUCUCCCCAUCUCUGAUUAGAUAUACUGAUUCCUCCUUUCAAUGGACGUCAUUUAAGCGCAGACUCCUGCCUUGAGUUGCGUCCUCCGCUUCACGCCCGAUUUCCGACCAUUCUUUCCUUAUUAUUAAGUAUUCCUGUAAUAUUAAUAGUCAUGAAUGCGUUCUAUUAGGAGUCCAAGAGGGAGACGAAGAAGCGGCUCUUUUGCUAAUAUGAGCUCAAGCGAGGGGACGGCAGCACUGUGAUAGAAGCCAGGGGAGCAGGGAGAAAAGAGGCUUUACCAAGAGAAACUUUUCAACCCAAAUCCGCCAGCACCGCCGAAUAUCUGCAUUUUUAGACCCACAUGAAGGGCAGCGGGGAUCUAACCAUUUAUUUCUGAUGGAUUAUCGUCCUGCUUCUGUGGCACAUAUCUGAUCGCGGGGCCAUCGUGAUCUUUCAGGACAGAAGAGGCUUUUCGGGGGGCUACAAUUUUUUUUGGUUUGCUUUUUGAUUCCAUUUGCUCCCAAACACUCGAAGUGUUUUUGAACUGAUUAUUCUUUUCUUGAGUGGCACCAAAAAUCCUUUGAAAUGUUAGUGCACAGUUUUUCCGCGAUGGACCGUCACGACGGCACCAGCAAUGGGACAGCCAGGCUACCUCAGCUGGGCGGCGUGGGCCAGAGUCCCUACACGAGCGCUCCGCCGCUCUCCCACACACCCAACUCGGACUUCCAGCCCCCGUACUUCCCCCCGCCCUACCAGCCCAUCUACCCGCAGUCUCAGGACCCUUACUCGCACGUCAACGACCCGUACUCCCUCAACUCCCUGCACGCCCAGCCGCAGCCGCAGCAUCCGGGCUGGCCCGGGCAGAGGCAGAGUCAGGAGAGCGGCCUGCUGCACCAGCACCGCAGCCUGCCCCACCAGCUGUGUCGGGAGUACCGCCGGGAAGUGCUGCUACCGUCCGGCCACGGCAUCGAUACGGGACUGUCGGACUCUAUCCCUAUCCAUGGAAUACCUCACUCUUUAGACGACGUUCAGUCUGUUGACGAUCAAGGAAUUCACAUUCCCGACCAGACUGUAAUUAAAAAAGGUCCAGUAUCUUUAUCCAAGAACAACAACAUCUCCUCCAUCCCCGUAAAUAAGGACGGUCUUUUCGGAGGGGUGGUAAACCCCAACGAGGUGUUCUGCUCUGUUCCGGGUCGCCUGUCCCUGCUCAGCUCCACAUCAAAGUACAAGGUCACAGUGGCGGAGGUGCAGAGACGCCUCUCGCCGCCCGAGUGCCUGAACGCCUCUCUGCUGGGCGGGGUGCUGAGGAGGGCCAAGUCUAAGAACGGAGGAAGAUCCUUAAGGGAGAAGCUGGAUAAAAUCGGCUUGAAUCUACCUGCGGGCAGACGCAAGGCAGCCAACGUCACCUUGCUGACGUCACUAGUCGAAGGAGAGGCGGUACAUCUUGCCAGGGAUUUUGGUUAUGUAUGCGAGACCGAGUUUCCAGCCAAGGCAGUAGCUGAAUAUGUAAACCGUCAGCAUUCCGACCCAAACGAACAAGUCCAAAGAAAAAACAUGCUAUUGGCCACAAAGCAAGUCUGCAAAGAGUUCACAGACCUGCUGUCCCAGGACCGCUCGCCGCUUGGAAACUCACGGCCGCAGCCCAUUCUAGAACCGGGAAUCCAGAGCUGUUUGACCCACUUCAGUCUAAUCUCGCACGGCUUCGGGACGCCGGCGCUGUGCGCGGCAGUCACAGCUCUGCAGAACUAUCUGACCGAGGCUAUCAAAGCCAUGGACAAAAUGUACCUCAACAACAACCCCAACAGUCACUCAGAUAACGGCACUAAAGGCGGAGACAAAGACGAGAAGCACAGAAAGUGAUGUUUCCAUCCCACCUUCACCGAGGGGCCAAACCCCCCCCCAGGGCUCUUCUUCAACACCGGCCCACACCCCCUCCGCCUCGCCCCGGCCCCCACCCAUCCAAUAUAAAUAUUAUAAAUACCUUAUAAAUACUAUUGAUAAAGUUAAACGUGCCACUUCAUCAUCUUGCGCCGUUUCACAUGUUUUGUUUUUACAUCCCACUUUGGAUUCACGGGGAAAACGACGCAAGAAUCUUCUUCUUCUCCUUCUUCUCCUUCUUCUUCUUCUUCUUCUUCUUCUUCUUCUUCUUGUUCUUCAACACCUGAACCAUUUGAAAUGUUAUUUUAAAAAAAAAAAGAAAAAAAAAAAGAAAAGAAAAAAAGCUGCAGAGGAACAGCUCCAGGGCGAGGAAAAGGUGUAUUGCCUCAGCCAGAGGACUUUUUAUGUACUCCCCUUAUUUUUUAUGAGCUGCAACGAAUGGACUGAAAUCCAGCGACCCCUCUAUAUCUCAAUUUUACGAUUGUGACAAAAACGAAGCUAAAAGAGGAUGCAUUCUUAUCAGUAUUGUGAAUAAUAAACUUGAAAAACAAAGAGAAAUGCCACCCAGCUCCAUGUCAUGACUUCAGUUGUAGACUCUCACUCUCUCUCCCAGCGACCAACUUGAACUUUUUGAAUUCCGACACGAUUCACGGUUAUAUAAGGGAAUCAGUGUUCAUGUAUGUAUAUAUUUAUUUAUGUGUAAUUUAAUGGGAAUUGUAAAUAUGGUGCGUCUGUUGAAACUUCUUUUUUUAUUUAUCUGGUGCCUCCUGUUUUAGUGGGUUUGAAUAUUCGGUUAGUUCUUCAUGUGAUUUUAUGGUUCUUAGAAAACAGAAGUUUGGGGUAUUUUUUAUUUUCUCUGGGAUAUUUCAAUUCAGCCCUCUUGUAGCAUGUUGAGGCGACAUUGAAGCAAGUGAACAAAUUGAAUAGAAAUAAACUUCCAUUUCUCUCUAUAUAAAAUAUAUCAUCCUUAUUCAGUUCAAUUUCAGUUGAAUUUGAGACAGAGCAUAGGUGAGACCCUGAGAACUGUUUUCUUUUUGUGUUUCUAUUUUCGUUUUUAUACAAGCUUUUAUGUGUUGUGCCAAUCAGAAUACGUUUCACCUCUUGUUCUCUCCUUGAAGCACCAUAAAAGCAAUAAAUGGAGUAUUGUCUUUUCUUUAAAUGUUGGAAGACAUUCAAAAUACAUUUUUUGGGACCACCUGAUAUCUUGUUAUGUCCGAUAAUGUCCAAAAUUGGAGGCGGUUUUAGCUGUAUUGUAUAGACAUGUGCUGGCAAUAGUUCCCAUGCCUGUCAAUGUAUUAUAGUCCUUUGUUGCCCAGAAAAAAAAUAAAUAUUUGAUACGCUUCA